AAAUCGAUAACAACAAUUAUAUCGAUAAUGCUCGUUGGUUUUCCAAUUGUUUUUGGUCAGUGUGAAGAGUUCAGUUCUAUCUGAACAUUUUUUUAUACUCUCUCGCUAGUCGCUCAAUUUCUCUUCACUUCUUUGGUGCUUCGGUUUUUAAUAAUAUUUUCCUUUGAACAUUCUUCUAUUACAUUUAUAAUUUUUUUUCCUCCGAAAAAUUUCGAUAUAAAAGUUAGUUCUGUGAAACCGAUUAAAUUUUUUGUGAGCGAAACGCUACACCUAUUUUUUAACCCUUCGAUGAAAUUUUCCUGCAAAUUUCGUCAUUGAGUAGUGUAGAAAGUUAUUCAUCAGUAACAUUUAUGAUGUCAAAUGCACACGGGUUUGAAUUUUAUGACGAUACAUGGCAAUUAAUUCCACCUGACUACGGUGCUUCUGAAUAUGAGUAAGUCGAAUAUGGACGUUUGCAUUCUUCAAAAAAUAUUUUCUUCAUAUAAAACACAUUGUUGAAUUGUUAUAAUGUAUUGAUCAAGUUGAAUUACACUCAAAUAACCUUCUCAUCGCUGUCGCCAACUGGUGUUAUCAAGUGUGCUGCAAACAAAAUGUCAAAAUCAAUGUCAAAUUAGUUAACAGAAGAGUGAAAAAGUACAUAUGAAGUGCUUGUAGUUCACUUGCUAGCACCAGCUGACGCUUCGGGGCUAUUUUAUAUGGGAACUGUCAAGAAACCGCUGUGUUGAAAAUGAUUAUCUGCGAACAAUGGUCUGCCGUCGGUAUUUCACAUGAAACAGUUUUCAUUCAUUUCAUUCGAUAAUUUGUGAUAGCAAAACUAUGAACAAAUAAUUUUUCAAAGAAAUUUCAUUCGAACAUCAUUAUAUUCUAAUGCUACCAGCUGUACUGUUCUAUUAGGAUUUGUAGAAUUUUUUCUUGUGUUUGACGCAAAUUGUUGUUUACAGAUAUGGAAAGAGGAAAUUUCAAAGAAGUUUUCUGCUUGACCAUAUUUUUUGAAGAAGGCAGUGGAGUCUGGAUGUGGCUUCAUGAAAAUAAAUUUGGUCAUUCGCAGUACAUUUUAAUGUAAAAUAUUUAAUAUUUUCCGAGUUUUCCAACAUUUUCCAACCAUUUUCAUUUUAUGGACGUAUGAAUGUAAACUAAAAACGAAUUCAUGAACAUUUUCCGUAAAAUUGAAAAUCUUGGAAACAAUUUUGAAAAUGAGGAAAUCGCCAUAGAAGGAAAAUUGAAGAUCGGGGAAAAUUGAGACAAGUCAUAUUCGAUCGGGCGGCAAAUUUCGUGGAGUUGGUAGCCUAAAGGUCGGAAAAAUAUGCAUAGAAUGCUUCGUUUUCGAGAUAUUGCACGUAUCUUUAGGACAAAAUUUGCAUUUUAUUUUACAUUUCAUUUGACUUCAUUGUUAUUUAUUAAAAAAUAAAAUUGAAUUCAUCUAAAGCCUCAAAUACUCACAGAGUUUAUGCCACUGGCCCGGCCCUAUUUUGUUUGACUCAGUAGUCGACACAUAUCACGGAUGUUUUUUUUAACAAAGAACUAAGCGGAAACAAGCUAUCAAUCCUUGAUUAUCAGGGCAAGUAUAAGUGAUUGUAGUUCGAAAUUGCACAUUCAGCUUCCAAACAUUCUUUUCUAUUGGCUAGUGUAGCGUUACUCCCCGAGUGAAAGCGACCCUAAAUCACAAUAAGAUACACUAUUUACUUUCAAAUAAAUAAACAUAUCGUUAGAUAGCACAAGCGACAAUUUGUGUGGGAGAUCUCCCACGAUAUCCUAUAUUCAACAACAAAUCUGGAUUGGUGUUUAUUGAUAUGUUUAUGUUAUUUCAUUUGGUACGGUUUUAUCUCAUUUGUUCUCAUUGUGUGGCUGGUGUCUGAGGUAUGUUUGUACGUUCGCCUUCUACAAUUGUUCGCAAAUGCCUCCAAACUCAAAUUAUUUUGUAUCGUUUAAAUUGAUUCGAUGAGUAAGUAAUUCAACCUUUCUUCCGAAUGUUUUUUUUCAGUAUGUUCAAUUUUUAUUUUUCAAGCCAGCUGACAUAAAUAUCUUCGGCCUUCCAUUGUUGUAGUUUAUGCAUGAGAUUAGUUGGGAUUAUUGGCAAUAUACAUGAAUGAAACUAUUACUGGUAUUUAUGGUACUUUUUGACACUUUUUCUUUUUCACAUCUGUAUUGAUUUGGCAUUUUUAGCCCGAUCCCGGGGCCUCGGUUUUUAACAAAAAAACGUGCAAAUAUUCUCUUUUUGGUAAUUCGAACUAAUUGUUCGGUGUACAAAUUUCAAACAAUUACAAACCAAUUUUGUGACCAAAUUCUUUUGAUGUGGAUGGAAUCGUAAAUACUAUUUUGUUUUUUUCUUCUUGAGACGAUAAUUCUGUUACUUUAAAUAUACAUUCGGUGUCCAAGUCACAAACAUGUCAUCUGUUCGAUAUUCGUUCCUUAAUAUGUUCGUAUUCAUAAGAAACUAAUUGGCGAGUGAGGAACACAAAACAUUUGAAAUAAGCUCAAAAAUAUUGUAUGUAUUUUUUUCUUCUCAAAGGAUAGCUAGUGCUAAUCAUACGAUAAAUAGUGCAUGUGUUACUGUGGAUUCUUCAUUUUCUCUCGUGAACCUGAAUCCUAACAAAUGGAAAUCGGAAAUUAUUCAAAUCUUAUAUCCGGGAGUUAUUCUUGAAAAUGCUAGUCAUCAUUAUUGGCUACACACAUCUACACAUCAUCGAACAAAUAGAUGAACCAUAUUUUCUUUUCUGUGAUUUUGUUGAUUACAGUUUUCAAAAAAAUUGUUUACUUGCUACUAUUGAAGGCAAUGGAGAUUAAAACAUCGAAAAUAUAAGAAGCAAUCAUGGAAAAAAUGAAAGAUAUGUAUUAAUCCCAUAUUACUACUUUUAUAUAUCUUUAGAAACAUGUGGAAGUAUUUUAAUUUGAUUAAAUGGGUAUUUCAUUUAUUUAUGAAUUGAGUGUUUUUCCCAAUUCUGAAUAGACGUCAACAUUUCGUGCAUUUUUUUGUUACUUGUGUCCAGUGAAAUGCUUUUAUUGAAUAAUUUCAGAGUUGUUCGUUCCGUUUUGUUCGUUCAUUCUAACAACGAGCACGGAAUUCCAUGCUUCCGGCAAUAAAUAGCCUUAUAUAAUACUGGUUGAAUGUUUCUAUGGCUUUUAAUGGGUGAACAUGCAUAGGAAAUAUCUCCAUUUGUUUCCCAUUUUCGAUCAUAUCCAAUUAGAUAACCAAUCACAUUUUAAAAGGAAUAAAUCUCUUUUUCCUAUAUGACUAUACAUGGAGAAGAUUCCAGUGAAUAGCGCGACUUAUCAUCACAUUCCAAUUGGGAUUCUAUUUUAAUUCAUAUUCGUCUUAUCGUCUUCAGUAGUUUAAUGAUCGUAUUAGAAUAAACUGAAACUAUACCAUAUCCCGUCAAAAUCAACUAACCAAUUUCAUAAUUUGAUUUUCCUAAUGUAAUCGUAGAGAAUCCAAACUAACCUAAAAAGAAUAAAAAACAGUACAUACAGAAACGAAUAAAAUUUAUUGCUUUAAGUUACCGAUAGCCAACAAAUUCUUAAUCAAGUGAACGAAUAGAAGAAAAAACUUAUCAGUAGAGAAAAAACAUUCAUUUCAUGAUUUUUUUACUCUUUCGAAUUGCUAUAUCGGUCUUCAUUUGGCGAAAACAUCGCUGCGCAAUGGAAACAAUGAAAAGAAAUGGUAUAAAUUGAAUGUUGAUAUUUUGAUACACAAUCUGAACUCAUUUUGUUACAGGUGAUUGAGUCGUAGCUAUUGUUCUCAUCGUUUUAAAAUCCAUACAUGAUAAGAAUUUGCGCACACUAACUGAUAAGAACGAAUCUCAUGUCAAAGAAAUGAUAGAUACGAACAAUAUUAUUUUAUAUUGAAAAGUCAUUGGAAGAUAGUAACUGUUUGUCGUGCUACUGAUUUAUAAAACAAAAAUAAGCAACCAAAUGGGCGACAGAUAUAUUCUUUGACUUUUUUUUUUAGAAGAACAGCAAACAAAAUAUAUUGAUAUUGAAAACAUUGAUGGCAUUUCAUAAAUUUUUCAUACAAUUAAUUUUUUAUUACGUAUAACAUUUUUACUGUACAUGUUUGAACAUGUUUAAAAAAAAAAAUUGGUGAAAUACAUUCGAUAUUACUUGAAGAUUGGUAAUAGUAUUCAAUAAUUAGAUCAGAAAAAUUAUUACACGGUAGACGAUCUGUCGCCUUCGAUAAACAGAAGAAAAUACGACAUAAUGCUUGAAACUUGCAUUGGUAGCAAUCUCAGGCUAACAUUACAAUGCCCAUGCUCAACGUAGGCUCAUAAAACAAUUCAUCUUGUAUCUUGUUCACUAUGACUUUUGUUUGUAUUGAACAAAGAUAAAAACAACAACUGGAACGGAAACACCCAAUACGGACAUAGAUGAUUGCACAAUGAAAGAGCAACACCAAAACACGUAAAAUGGGAACGGAACUAUGAGAUCAUUCAGACUUCCAAUCUUUUUGAUCUAUUCAAUUUUUCCGGCUCGUUGUUGUUUGAAAACUGCCGAAUCACAGAGAUGCAAUGAAUUACUAGCAAGGAACAUUGCACUUCUGUAAAAUACAAAAACCAAUUAUAACAAGCACCAAAUGCCAUAUGGACAAUCAUGUUGAAUUAAACAAUUCUUUAACUUUAUGGAAUUUCAACUAAGGCAUAAAUAUCGUCAGUAAAAUAAAAACUUUCAAGAAAAGUGUAUUUUUUACACUCCUAGUGUAACGUCUCAUUGAUAAUAAAUUGAUAUUUAAUUGAAUGGACCGAAUUCAUUGUUUGGUGUGUAAACUAGUAUUAGCGCUUUAAUUGUUCCUUUGGCUACAGUAAACUGUUCAUUUCACAUUCUUUGCCCACAAUGGGACAUAAACUUUAAAUAAUAUCGAAUGUGCGCAAAGUAUAUAUAUGUAUGUGCGGGGAGGAACUAUUGAUUUUGAACAUUGAAUACAAUGAAAAAAAAAAAUUCCUUUCGUUUUUACACAAUCAAUGGCAAUUCUGAUUGAUUGUGGAUGAGUGUAAAUGUUGCAUGUUUCCCUGUACACGCAAUUUGGUGUUAUAAAUCCAGGUGUUUUUCUCGAUUCUAUUUGAUUCAUUCAUGAACUUAUAAGUAGAAUAGUUUGUUGCAAAUUUGCAUUUGUUAAAUGUAUACACAAUGAUCAAUUUUGAAUAUUAUCUUCUCAUGUAUGUUUAAGUUCAAUAAAAACUAUGCACAUAGAAUAAUAAUAUUGAAAUAUGUGGAUGAAAAAGAAAUCCUCGUGAAUACGUAUUUAUUUACACACCGCCAAAAAACUGGCUGAAUAUUCAGUUUUGCAGGAAAAUGACCCAAAAAGUCAUGAAAAACCUGACCUUCUCGUGUUUUUACAAUAUUUUAUGUGUGACUAGUGAUUGCCACAGUUAACGUUAACUAUUUUAGAACAUUUUGUCUAUAUUUUGUACGUAUUACAAUCAGUACGUAACUAUUACGGUAGUAAUAGUACUGUACAAAUAGUACUGUAGUCAAUAUUUCUUUACAAGGGAAUUUAUCAUCCAGAUUAAAAUAUCAUUCGGAGAUUUAAUAUCCACAUAUAAAGUUUCAACAAUGAUGGAACCGUCAAACCUAAUAAACUUCCGGAGCCAAUCAAAUAAUCUAAUGCGAACUUGCGCUCUAUUUUUUAGAAAGCCGACUUGAAAAUUGGUACACAUUUUUGUGUGAUUUUGCAAUAAUGUAUACAGCAAUGAUUAUAUUAACCUUUCCGGUUACAUAAUGAAAAUAAUUAACUGAAUCAGAAAAGUAAAAGCAUAUAAUAAUAAUAGCUCAUCACAAUAUACGCUUCGAUGCUUGAUAAUGAAUUCUGGUCUCUGCGUGACGGCCGCUUUUCCACGUUUUCCGUUGCUGCUUUUGGAUUGUUCAUUGUAAUUCAUUAGCUGUUGCAAGCAUCAUUACUGUCGAAGAACGGAGAAACAGGAUUGGAUGGAGCAUUAGAGUUGUACAGCGCAUGUAUUUAUCGCAAACAAUAUUAAGGGUACAUUGAAGUUACCUUAUUAAAAUCAGGACAAAAAGCGAACUUCGACUAUAGUAAAAGUAGCGUUAAACAACGACAUGUAUGCAAGAAUUGUUCCGAAACCACGACACCAUUACAACGUUUCAUCAUUAUCAUUACUAUUAUUGAAUCAAAAUCCAAUUUUCUCGUUUAUAUAGGAAGAUGAGCAUUUCUCAAAUGACAAAUAUAUAUUUCAUGUUAUGCGAUGGUUGGGUUCCGAUUUUCCAUUGCAACGCAUUUUCUCAUUUGCCCCGUACAAAUAAAGAGAAUAUUGUGUUCGUUGUUUACUUUUUGCAAGUUCACAAUGCAAAUGGUCCGAAAUUUUAAAUGGAACGGCACAGGCACAAGGUUUGCUCCCAAUUCCUCCCACAUAGAUUGAAAAAAAUAUGUUUUAUCAUAAUCAUGCAUAUGAAAAUUGACCACUAAAUCUACAUGAUAUUUUGUUCAUUCAUUGAAUCUUAUUUCAAAAAUAUAUGCGACUAGCUACGAUAAUUAGAGAGCAAAUCUAUGGUUACAAAUAAUCAAGCUGCAAAAUAAAGGCAUUUAAAAAUGCUUUUUUCUACCAAAUUCUCCCGCAGAAAUCACACAAAAUUGAGUGGUAUUUGAAAAAAACCUAUUUAUCAAUCCUAGAUAAUUUGUUGGAAUGUUAUCAAAUAAAAUUGUUUAUUCUUGGUACGAAAAGAUCAAGAUUUUUUCAUUUUUAAAUGCAAAUGGAUUCAUUCUUCCUGCAACAAUAAAACGAUUUGGUUAGCGCUUGGCGGUGAUAAUAAAUAAAUAAAGUAAACUUACUAAAUCAAUGAAACCAUGUAAAAUUUCUUUGAAUUGUGACAGCAUUAGGUCCAUAAAUGAAAAUAAAAAAGAAUAAUUUGGAGUGUGUGCGUGUGUCAUUGAAAACACGGAACGCUAUUUAAUGUUACUAGGCCACUUAGAACAGACGGCGAUUGAGUUGUGCGCAUAACGAAUACUUCUGUGCCAACACGAAUGUUGUUUCGUCGUCCAAUCGCCCCGCAGUACAUCAAGGAUCAUAAUUCUAUGUCACACAGAAUAUACCAUCAGCGAUAUAUAUAAUAUAAUCCAGUUUGAGGGGCGGUGCGAUAAAUUUCAAACAUGUGUGUGUAUGUGUGUCUGUGUGUAAGUGAGAGAAUGAGGUGACUCAACCCAUCGGGGUUUUGUUUUUUCAUUUUUUUCUUUCUUUGCUUCGUCCUAUAUUCGCUCUAUACAAGAAUGCCUUUUGGCUCAAAUUUCCAGCACUUUUCUUUGUUGAUUUCUUUCAUUUUAUAUUCGUCCAGAUUUUCCUUCAUAUUGUUGGCUUAUUUCUGUUACGCUUAUCGUACUAUUUUAAGACAAAAACACAAGGCUCCAAGGGCAUUCACAAUAUUCAAUGAAUGAAAAUUUCACUUUGAAAAGUUGAUUGGUUGGAGUGCCAUCAUCGCAAAUGCAAUGCUCGCACACACAACUGCAAGAUACAGUUCCUAAUUUUUGUUACAACCCUCCAGAUAUUAUGCUUGUAUUGAUGCGCAUCAAUACGAAAACUGUACAGCAUUUGCUAUCCUUGCCGUAUUUUUAUAACACACUUUAACACAACAACCGUAAGGCUCAGAGACCUAGUAUAGUUUUCAACAACACCAACAAAAAACAACACCAAAAUCGUUUUGAGUGCAGAGUGCCACUUAUGUUUAGUGUUUGACUACUUUAGGUGCGACAGUCAAAAAUUUAGUAUCGUCUGAAGCGGUUGUUUCCAAUUCUGAGAGCGUUUUUUUCAUUUUUCAUGUAAAAUUUAUAUAUUUGGUGCGACUAGAAUUUAGUGCAUUCAAGUGAUAAUUUCAUAAAAAUUUUAGACAUCGAUUUUGAAGUGAAUAUACUUGGAAUAAACAGAACACGUACAAAAUUUAAAUUGAAAUUUAUCAUAGAACUAAUUGUUUAUUGUGAGUUUUUGUGCAAUUUGUAAUACUAAAGUUGUAAAACUGGCAAUCGUGGCGACCGACAACAACAAAAAACGACGGUGUUCACCGUCACCAUCACCAACACGACAAACAUCUGCCAAUGAGGAUCACAUCACCAAUCCAGCAUCACUUCCUCCUGUUUCGACACAAUUUAGUGGCAUUAUGCCACCAUCUGCCCCAUUCUUAACAUGGUCUCCAAUUUUAUUGCCACCUUGGGGCUCUUUGGCACCCGCUCUUUUCCCUGCUGCUUUAUACCCGGCGGCACUUCGAUCACUACCAGGAUUAUUGGACAGUAUGAAAGUACCAGGACAACGCAGCAGCUUUCAUAUUUGUGAUAUUUUGGAUUUGAAUAAUCAAUCUGCGGAUAAAACAAAUCAAAAUAACAACAAUAACAACAGCACUAGUAAUAACAACAAUAGCUCAAACACAUCGUUUCCACCACAAACCAGCCCACCCGCAUCCCGAGAUGGAGAUUCGAUUACAAAUCUCAAUGAAUCUAUUGCAUCAACCGGUUCAUCGUCACUGGUGCCUCCGCCACCAUAUCAACUCACACCCAACCUAAGCAGUGCAAUUUACUCCGAAUUGGGCCAUCAUUAUCAGUCUAUGUUUCCAUCGGCUACCGCUACGAAAUCAUGGCUCAAAGAACACGAGCAAUACGCAAGUCAACAACAAGCCAGCCCAGAUAGCACAUCACCGGUAACGUCUGAGGUAUCAUACACAGCUAUUGGUAAUUAUACCGCAUCACAUUUGAUUAAUUCUUCCAAUAAACUGCCGCCAAUUUCACAAGAUGUUUCAUCGCUUGUUAUGUAUGAUCGUCAAUCACAAAGUGAUCAUGAUCGAAACGAAAGUGAAAAUAUGGAUGAAAUUGAUGAUAUCGAUGCUGAUGAUGAUCUCGCGGAUGAUUUAUGUGGAUCUCAGCAGCAAAAUGGUAGCAGUACUGGUUCUGGAAUGCAGAAAAAACGCAAGCGUCGUGUUCUUUUCUCAAAACAUCAGACUUUUGAACUGGAGAGACGUUUCCGUCAACAGCGAUAUCUAUCAGCCCCGGAACGAGAACAUUUGGCGAGUCAAAUUCAUUUAACCCCAACCCAAGUAAAGAUUUGGUUCCAAAAUCAUCGUUACAAAACAAAACGCGCUCAAACUGAGAAGGGAGUUUACGAUCCACAGCAUCAUCAAACCAGUACGCUAUCCUCUCCUCGUCGGGUGGCCGUUCCAGUAUUGGUAAGAGAUGGAAAACCAUGUCUGAAUGGUACAAAACAAGAUCUUGCUAUGGCAGUUGCAAAUAACGCUCACAUGGUUCUACCCCCGAAUCCAUAUCAACAUCCGUCACUAUUGCAUGCACAUCAGCGUGCUUGGUGGUAGAUUUAAAAACCGUUCCACUACAGAGAACAUCUACUUAGAGAGAGUUGCAAUGAAAUAACCGUUGUUGCAAUGAAAUAACAUCUCGAACAUCAUGUUCAUCAACAACGAUCAAUGUACACUGGUUUUCUUCGCAAUAACAAAUAUUGAAAAUAGGAAAUAGAAACAAACUUUAUUUGAUAGAGUUUUGUAUAAAUGAAAAAUAUUGAUCGAAAUAUUCAUUUAUUUAAUGAUUGACUUGAAUUCAAAUACUAUGAAAUUUAGGUAAAUAAUAUAUUUUCAGUUUAAAUCCAAAAACUGUAUAGAUUAAAUACGUUUGCGUACACUUUUUACCGAAUUUGAUCUUCAGAAGUUUACAAUUUUUAGAUUGGAUUGAAAAAAUUGUUGUGUAAUCGUCAUAAAACGUUGAUACAUUUACUCAAAAUUUUCUUCAUUUUCUGAAUCAAUAUCGUUAAAGAAUUGUAUAUUAUUGUAAUUUUAUUACUUACAAAAUCAUUAUGUAUCUAGUUAUUAAUGUAGUUCAACAAAUCAAAAGUAAUAAUUUGAAAAUAUAAAUCAAUUGUCGGAA